CCCGUGCAGAGCAUAACUCUCUUUUUUCCUUUCCACCCACAGUUUGUCGAGGGAUGCUGUGUGGCUUCGGUGCGGCCUGCGAAAAGAACCCCACGGACCCUUCGCAGGGUUUAUGUGUGUGUAAGAAGAUCACCUGUCCUUCUGUGGUGGCUCCGGUGUGCGGCUCAGAUUACUCAACCUAUAGUAACGAGUGUGAGCUGGAGAAAGCUCAGUGCAACCAGCAGCGUCGCAUUAAAGUCAUGAGUAAAGGAGCCUGUGGUUCCAAAGACCCCUGCGCAGAGGUGGCCUGCAGCUUCGGAAGCACCUGCGUUCGGUCCACGGACGGGCAGUCGGCCAAGUGCAUCUGCAUGUCCUUUUGUGGCGGCGUUCCUGAAAACACCGUGUGCGGCAGCGACGGCAAGGACUACCGCAGCGAGUGCCACCUGAACCGGCACGCCUGCGACAAGCAGGAGAACAUCUUCAAGAAGUUGGAUGGGCCGUGCGAUCCUUGCAAAAACACGCACAACGACAUGAACAGAGUUUGCCGGGUCAAUCCUCGCUCGCGACGGGCCGAGUUGCUGCCCCGGCCGGAAAGCUGCCCCUUGAAGAAAGAGCCGGUAUGUGGGGAUGACGGGAUGACUUACGAGAACGAGUGCACCUUGCAGAGGACGGGCGUCAUCCGGGGCAUCGAGAUUCAGAAGUUGCGUUCAGGAGAGUGCCAGGUUCAAGACAGAUGCCGGGAGGAGUGCCGUUUCAACGCCGUGUGCCUCAUCCGGCGGGGCCUUGCCCGCUGCUCAUGCGAACGGGUGGCCUGCGACGGCGCCUACCAGCCCCUGUGCGGCAGGGACAGCCGGACCUACUUCAACGACUGCGAGCGCCAGAAGGCGGAGUGCCAACAGAAAGCCGCCAUUCCAGUCAAGCACCAUGGACCUUGUGACCUUGGCAAGCCCAGCCCCUGCCUGAGCGUGGAGUGCCAGUUCGGGGCCACCUGCGUGGUGAAGAACCAGGAGGCCAUCUGCGAAUGCCAGCAAGUGUGCCAGAGCAUCUACGAUCCGGUCUGCGGCAGCGACAACCUCACCUACAGCAACCCUUGCGAGCUGGAGGCCAUGGCGUGCGCCCUCCGGAAGGAGAUCCACGUGAAACACAAGGGGCCCUGCGACCGCUGUCGGAAGUGCCAGUUUGGUGCCAUCUGCGAGGCCGAGACGGGCCAGUGCGUGUGUCCCACCGAGUGCGUCGCCUCCUCUCAGCUGGUGUGCGGAACCGACGGGAACACCUACGGGAGCGAGUGCGAGCUCCACGUUCAGUCCUGCAUCCAGCAGGUCUCCAUCGAGGUGGCAGCCCAAGGCAGCUGCAACGUCUCAUUGCCCAACGAGGUAACCUCAUCAGGGCAGGCCACGUUAGUGUACAUUAGUACACUCUUAACGGUCGUCUUCCUUCUUGACCUCCAGGUGAAGAGGGGUCCGUGCGAAGAUGAGUGCGGUUCAGGAGGUGGGUCUGGCUACGGAGAUGCCGUUGAAUGUGAGCGAGACAGCUGCCGGAAGUACGGGGGCUCGUGGGACGAGGAUAUGGAAGAUGACCGUUGCGUUUGCGACUACACCUGUAGGACCGUCCCGCAGAACGUGGUGUGCGGGUCAGAUGGGGCAGCUUACGCUAACGAGUGUGAACUGAAAAAAUCCCGCUGCGAGAAACGCCAGGACAUUUACGUGGCAAGCCAGGGACCCUGCCGAGGGGUCCCCACUCUUCCGCCGUCUUCGCCAGAGCUCCUUCACUGUAGCAGAACGGUUUAUGGCUGCUGCCCAGACAACGUGACGUUGGCACUCGGAGUGGGAUCGGCUGGAUGCCCCAGCACUUGCCACUGCAACCCCUACGGCUCCUACGGAGGGAGCUGUGACCCCACCACAGGCCAAUGCUCCUGCAAACCUGGCGUGGGGGGGCUGAAAUGUGACCGCUGUGAACCCGGUUUCUGGAACUUCCGCGGCAUCGUCACGGACCGCAAGAGUGGCUGUACCCAAUCCCAUGCCAGCCACCCCACCCCGCCUGCUACCCAGCGCCCCUUGGACUCUGUUCCCCCUCUGGCCCCCCAAAUCACCACCUCGGCUCCCGAGAUGACCAGGACCACCUCCUCCUCCCCAUGGCAUUCAGAAGACCAUGCUUCCCGGCAGAGCCAGCCGGUCACCCGACGGAUAACCAAGCCUGCCGUCCUCUCCACCCUUCCGUGGACAACUCAGGGCAUCCGCCAGACCACCGCCCGGCCCCUCUUGACAGCCCCCGUGGUUCCUGCCGCCACUCAGACGGCUUACGUUGAAUCGGGCAGCGCAGAAGGCAGCGGAGAUCCAGAACUGGGCACCAGCGGAGAUCAGGAAGGCAGUGGGGCCGGCUCUGCAGGGGAGGAAGAAACUGAAGACCCCAAGGUGACAGGUCCCCACCUGAUCGAGAGAGCCACCUGUUACAACACCCCUCUGGGAUGCUGCUCGGACGGAAAGACCCCGGCCGCUGACGCCGAAGGAAGCAACUGCCCAGCCACCAAAGUCUUCCAAGGGGUCCUCAUUUUGGAAGAGGUGGAGGGCCAAGAGUUGUUUUACACCCCCGAAAUGGCCGAUCCCAAAUCGGAGCUCUUUGGGGAGACAGCCCGGAGCAUCGAAAGUGUGCUGGACGAGCUUUUCCGCAACUCGGAGGUCAAGAGGGAUUUUAAGAGUGUCCAGGUGCGGCAUCUGGGCCAAAGCAGCGCGGUCAGGGUCAUUGUGGAGUCCCAUUUUGAUCCAGCUACUUCUUACACGGCUGCCGACAUCCAGAGGGCCCUUUUGAAGCAGAUCAAAGCCUCUAAGAAAAAAACAGUCUUGGUGAAGAGGCCGCAGCAUGAGAACAUCAAGUUCAUGGACUUUGACUGGAUCCCCCAGCUUUUCACCACCACCACCACCACCACGAUCGCCACCACCAUGGCCCCCACAGCCAGCGGCUCCCAGCGGUUCCCCAUCACCCCUACCGGCCGGACCCUGAAUCCAGGACGGCUAAACGGGAAAUCCUCUGGGACGGUCGCAACCAAAAGACCCGGCACCACCCUUCCAGCCUCCACGGAUCGGAAGAAGCCCCUGCGCCCUGUGCCCACCACCCGGAAGCCCGCUCGGCCCUGUGAGUCUCACCCCUGCUUGCAUGGGGGCACCUGCGAGGAUGACGGCCGAGAUUUUACCUGCAGCUGUCCAGCCGGAAGAGGAGGGGCUGUUUGCGAGAAAGCCAUCCGAUACUUCAUCCCCAGCUUCGGCGGGAAGUCCUACCUGGCCUUCAAAAUGAUGAAGGCCUACCACACCGUGCGCAUCGCCGUGGAAUUCCGGGCCUCCGAGCUGAGCGGGCUGCUCCUGUACAACGGGCAGAACCGCGGGAAGGACUUCAUCUCCCUGGCACUGGUGAACGGAUUCGUGGAGCUCAGGUUCAACACCGGCUCGGGGACAGGCGUGAUCACCAGCCGGGUGCCCAUCGAGCCUGGCCAGUGGCACGCGCUGGUGGUCAACCGGAACCGGAGGAACGGCGUGCUGUCCGUGGAUGGAGAGCCGCACGUCCACGGCGAGAGCCCAAGUGGAACCGAUGGGCUAAAUCUCGACACCGACCUCUUUGUUGGAGGAGCCCCAGAAGACCAAAUUGCUGUGGUGGCCGAGCGCACGUCGGUCACCGCUGGCCUCCAGGGCUGCGUCCGUCUGCUGGACGUCAACAACCAAAUGUAUGACCUGCGGGAGAAAGGCGACGACGUGCUCUAUGGCAGCGGGGUGGGCGAGUGUGGCAACAACCCCUGCCAGCCCGACCCCUGCCACCACGGUGGGCUCUGCCACGUCGUGGAGGCCGAGAUGUUUCACUGCGAGUGUCUCAACGGCUACACAGGACCCACCUGUGCCGACGAGAGGAACCCCUGUGACCCCAAUCCCUGCCACCUCUCCGCCACCUGCUUGGUCUUGCCCGAAGGCGGGUCGAAAUGCGAAUGCCCCAUGGGGCGAGGAGGCGAAUUCUGCGAAUCAGUUGCAGAAAUGGACCAGACCAUGCCUUUUCUGCCAGAAUUCAACGGAUUCUCAUACCUGGAGUUGAAUGGUCUUCAGACAUUUGUGCCAGAUCUACAGGAUAAGAUGGCCAUGGAAGUGGUAUUCCUGUCCAGAAAUCCAAACGGUUUAAUUUUCUACAAUGGACAGAAGACGGAUGGAAAAGGAGAUUUUAUCUCCUUGACCCUUCACAAUGGAUACCUGGAGUACAGAUAUGACUUGGGCAAAGGAGCGGCCGUAAUCAAGAGCAGAGAGCCCAUCGCUCUGAACACCUGGAUCAGUGUCUCACUGGAGAGGAACACCCGGAAAGGCAUCAUGAGGAUUAACAACGGAGAACGGAUCCUGGGUGAAUCGCCGAAAUCUCGUAAGUUGCCCCACACCUCGCUGAAUUUAAAGGAACCCCUCUAUGUGGGGGGAGCACCAGACUUCAGCAAACUGGCCCGGGCUGCUGCGGUGUCUGCUAGCUUUGACGGAGCCAUCCAGAAGAUUUCCAUCAAAGGGAUCCCCGUCCUGAAGGAGGAGAACAUCCGCAGCGCCGUUGAGAUUUCUUCUUUCCGCUCUCAUCCCUGCACUCAGAAGCCCAGCCCUUGCCAGAACAGGGGGACCUGCAAACCCCGCCUGGAGGGCUACGAAUGCACCUGCCCCAGAGGCUUCUUCGGGACCCACUGCGAGAAAGUCCUCACCGAGAAGGCAGCUGGAGACUCGGAAGCAGUCGCCUUUGACGGCAGGACCUACAUAGAAUACCACAAUGCUGUUACCAAGAGCCAACUGACCAAUGAGAUACCAGCUCCCGAUGCUUUGGAUUAUCAUCUGGACCUCAGCGAGAAGGCCCUGCAGUCCAACUACUUUGAGCUCAGCAUCAAAACCGAAGCCACCCAGGGCCUCAUCCUGUGGAGUGGGAAAGGUCUGGAUCGAUCGGACUACAUCGCUUUGGCCAUCGUGGACGGCCGGGUCCAAAUGACCUACGACCUGGGCUCUAAACCCGUCAUCCUGCGGUCUACCGUCCCGGUCAACACGAACCAGUGGAUUCAGAUCAAAGCGUCCAGAGUCCAUCGAGAUGGGUCCCUACAAGUCGGCAACGAGUCUCCCGUCAUGGGUUCCUCUCCUCUGGGAGCUACCCAGCUGGACACCGAUGGGGCCCUUUGGCUGGGUGGGUUGGAGAAGCUCGGCGUGGCCCACAAGCUUCCCAAAUCCUUCCUCACCGGCUUCGUUGGCUGCCUACGAGACGUGGUGGUGGACCGCCAGGAACUCCAUCUGGUGGAGGACGCUUUGAACAACCCCGCCAUAUCACACUGCGCGGCCCAAUGAAGACACACCCUGC